CCUGGAUUCUGACCUAUGACUCGAGUCUCCGCCUCAUCUACAUCCAGUCUACUACCUGGCGGCCUCGCCCGCCCUCCGCGCACCAAUACCAAGUCUGACGGUCAGGCUGUGCAGGGCGCCCCAGAAAUCAUGGGUAUGUGUGUGUGGGGUUCGGGGUGGGUUCUUCUGUACCCAACUUUCCGAAGGGCAGCAUUCCCCCCAGCCUUUCUUAGCACGCUUCCGCCCGCAGAGGUCCUGGUCCUGGCCAGAUACCGUGCGCAGACGGAGGACGAGCUGAGUCUGGCUCCGGGGGACGUGAUCCAGCAGGUGUGUGCCGUGCCCGCUCGGGGCUGGCUGCUUGGGGAGCUGCGGGGCCGCCGUGGUCUCUUCCCCAAGCGCCUGGUGCAGGAGAUUCCCGAGGCCCUGAGGGGCGUCACCGAGUCCAGACCGCGCUUUCCGCGCCGUCGCGGUCACCCCAUCGACUCUCAGAGCCCCCAAAGAUGGUGCAAAGUGAAUUUCAACUACAGUCCAGAGCAGGCAGACGAGCUGAAGCUUCAAAUUGGGGAGAUUUUGGAAGUGAUAAAGGAGAUUGAGGACGGCUGGUGGCUGGGAAAGAAGAACGGGCAAUUGGGAGCCUUCCCAUCCAACUUUGUGGAAUUGCUGGACAGUGGGCCCCCAAGCCUUGGAAACACAGACAUGCCUUCGAUCAUUCCUACUUCACAGAGGCCUCCUAAGCUGAGCAACUUGACCUAUGACAGCCCUCCAGAUUACCUGCGGACAGUCUCCUGCCCUGAGACCUGCAGGGUCCUGUUUGACUACCAGCCCGAGGCCCCCGAUGAGUUGGCGCUGCAGAAGGGCGACCUGGUGAAAGUUCUGAGAAAGACAACCGAGGAUAAGGGCUGGUGGGAAGGAGAAUGCCAAGGCAGAAGAGGAGUUUUUCCAGACAACUUUGUCAUCCCACCGCCCCCAAUCAGGAAGCUGAUCCCACGGAAAAUUAUUUCUCGGGAAUCAGCUCCUAUUAAGGAAACGAAAAAACUGAUGCCCAAGUCAUCUCUACCCACUGUAAAGAAGCUGGCAGCGGCGGCCCCUGCACCUAGCAAAGCCAAACCACCUUCAACACUCAAUGUGGACAGCCAGAAACGGCCCUCCCGAAACUCUGGCUUCAAUGGCGGCUGCCUCAACGCAGGGUCCAGGCAGCCUGGGAGAAAGGGAUCCAGAACCCUCCAACACUCUGCAUCCAGUCAGGAGGAUGAACAGAAAAGCCCUGGAAAGGGUCCCUCCAGGAGUAAAACCCCUACUUCAGAGAAGUCUCGGCUUCCAGAGAAGGCCCUUGACCCAGAGCCGAUCCCAGCUCCUGACAAAGUGUCCACUCCAAAGGACCUCGUUCCAGAGAAAGCCCCGGAUUCUGACAAAAUUCCCACUACAGAGAAUACCACUCUGGUCAAGGCUGUCACUCCAGAGAGCGCCCUUUCUGGGGAUGAGCCAGCUAAGGACGAAGCUCUUGACCUGAAGACGGCCCCUCAUGUGGACAGUGCCCCUGCAUUAGUAAAGAUCUUGACCCCAGAGCACAUGAUUUUUAAAGAGGAGCCUUCUAAAGACAACAUUCAGUACCAGCACUCACCUCAGGAAGAAACUACGCAGAGGUCGGAGUCCUUCAUAUCCCCAAAUGACAUCCAGGUGCAGGGAGAGUACUCCCCACAGCCGAACUCCUCAGAUCCAUCCUGCUGUGGUGUCAAACAGGUCAGCGGCUCUCCAGCCCAGUCCAAGGCUGAGGAUGUGUCUGCCAUGGAGGAGGCCAACUUUUUAAGGAAACCACUAGCCAAAGAUGAGAUCACCCCAAACAGUGCACUCCCCAAAAAGCUGCCUUCUGAAGGGGCGGGUCCCCAAAAGCAGGUGCUGCCUCAAGAGUCAGUCCCCACUCCCCAAGUGCCACAUACUGUCAAGAAGAUUCCAGACCCUGAAGCUCCCACACUUCAGCCUUCGGUCCCACUAACCUCUCCCAAAAGCAAGAACGACAGCGUGGAUGAACUGGAAUUGUUAAAGGCAGAGGUGAACUCCCUCAAGAACAGACUGGCGCUCCUGGAGCUGAAGCUGGAACAGAAGAUGGGGGAGGUCUGGAAGGAGCUGAAGACGGAGAAGCUCCAGUCGCCAGAGGUUCAGAUGACGCAGAGGAACCAGAAAUCCUUCAAACACGCACAGACACAGACGGAAACACAGACAGAAUGAGAGCAGGUUCAGACCGAACCUCAGCCCAACCUGGAGGGACAUCUAUCCUGCUUGGGCCACCCCGGUCCUUGCACACAACUUUGAGAAACUCCAUGGAAGUUAAAAAAAAAAAAAAAACCCCAAAAAAACAAAAAAACUCUGAACCCUC